AUGGCAAGUUUUCAUCACCCGCACCUGGACUUUCGGAGACUUCUACAGAAACUAUUGGUCAUGUUCUCCAUUGGUAUCGUAUGCGUCUCUCUAUUUUACUUUCUUGCUGGCUGCUGUGAGUCUGAAGUGGCGGAAGAAGCUGGCAUGAGGCAUUCCAGUCAAUUGUCCUUAACGGGAUGGCAGCAAGAAAAUAAUGGAUCAUUUGACAAGAACUUCAUAACCGUCCCGAAUUUGGUUGCGGGGUCCCCUAAUGUUGAUGAAUCAAGUGCGCCAGGGUGGGAAUCGAACGUUUUAGGGAAAGAUUGGACAGCGGUUCGGAGGUUACCACAAGCUCUUAUCAUAGGUGUUAAAAAAGGUGGAACACGAGCUCUGUUAGAGUUUCUGAGACUUCAUCCUGAUAUCAGAGCUUUGGGGUCAGAGCCUCAUUUCUUCGACAGACAUUAUUCACGCGGGCUGAACUGGUACAGGAGCAUAAUGCCGAAGGCCUUGGAUGGGCAGAUAGUUAUGGAAAAGACACCCAGGUACUUUGUCACAGCUGAGACACCAGCCCGCAUUCACGCCAUGUCCAAGGACAUCAAGCUGAUUGUGGUGGUCCGAGAUCCCAUAACCAGGGCCAUCUCAGACUACACUCAGAUUAUAUCCAAAACUCCUAACAUCCCCAGCUUUGAGAACCUUACCUUUAAGAACAGGACUACGGGGCAGAUAAACUCUCUCUGGAGCCCCAUCUGGAUCGGCAUGUAUGCCCAGCACCUGGAGCGGUGGCUGUCCUACUUCCCACGGUCCCAGAUCCACUUCGUCCACGGGGAGAGGUUGAUCAGUGAUCCAGCUGGAGAGCUGGGCCGGGUGCAGGACUUCCUUGGCCUGCAGAGGAUCAUAACGGACAAGCACUUCUACUUCAAUAAGACCAAAGGGUUCCCCUGCCUGAAGAAGCCAGAAGGAAGCAGCAAACCACAUUGCCUGGGCAAGACCAAAGGCAGGACACACCCCAGAAUUGACCCAGAGGUCAUUCAGAGGCUCCGGGACUUUUACCAUCCCCAUAACCUGAGGUUCUAUCAAAUGGCCGGGCAGGACUUUGGCUGGCACUGA